ACGUCAUUGCCUCGCGACAACGUGCACCUUUUAGAGGACGCCGGGCAAGGCAUGGAACACCUUGGUGUACUGCUGCUGCUGCUGCUGACAUGUGUGUCACGUUUACUUUUAACAGAAGGUUUUCCAAAGUGCAGCACAGAGCAGUUUGUGUGUAAUAACGGCAGAUGUGUGCCUCUGAAUCUUCGCUGUGAUGGUGUGGAUGACUGUGGAGACAGCAGUGACGAGAUCUCCUGUUUGAAUUGCACUAGUGGCUCCUUCCACUGUGUGGCAGCAGCACGCUGCGUUCCUUCCCCCAGCGUCUGUGAUGGCAAACCUGACUGCUUUGAUGGAGCAGAUGAACAGUUAGACACAUGCGCACAAUCAUGCACCAGAUCACAGUUCAAGUGCACGAAUGGACGCUGUGUGUCGAAUUCAGGGAGGUGUGACAACAUCAAAGACUGUGAAGAUGGCAGCGAUGAAGAGAACUGUGAUGGCAAUGAAUGCGAGAUCAAUAACGGUGGCUGCUCUCACCUGUGUAUUGAUCUUCCCCUUGGUUUUAUGUGUGACUGCCCCAGUGAAAUGAGGCUGGUCCAGGACACACACUGUCAAGAUGUGGACCACUGUCUUGAUUCAGAUGUGUGUGAUCAAACAUGCGUCCAUACCAAUGGAUCUUUUGCAUGUGAAUGUCAAGAUGGGUAUGUGCUGACCGUUGGGACUGGACAGUGCAAGGCUACAGGCGUUGCUGCUCAUGUGGUGGUCAGCACUCACGAGGGUGUUAAAUGGAUGGACCUCAGUGGCUCUGAGCAAAGAAACAUCACGUAUAAAAGAGGCUUGCCAGGACCUGUUUCUGCUCUUAAUGCAAACAACACGUUAUACUGGACCAGUUCUGAGAAUGACAUCAUCUACAGGAUGUCUUUAGACUCCAGUGACCAAAGACCAACUGUGUUGUUAAAGGCCUCCACGGACAUUCUGGGAUUAGCGGUAGACUGGAUUCAUGAGCUGCUUUACUGGGUCAGCACAAACACUCAUGCCUUACACGUGGCCUCUCUGAAUGACUCCAAACAAAGUGAGCUAAUCUCUGGCCUCUCCAGACCUACUGCAGUUGCUGUCCAGCCGCUGCUAGGGUAUGUGUUCUGGGCAGAUAGUGAGGCAUCGCCCAGGAUUGAGCGUGCCAGUUUGGAUGGGACGAGCAGAAUAGCGCUGAUAACUUCAUCUAUACGUUAUCCUGUUGCAGUCUCUUUAGAUAUCCCUCGUGGUCUGCUGUACUGGGCUGACUCCGGUCUGCGCACAGUAUCAAGAGUUGCGUUUGAUGGCCAACACAGAAAGACGGUUGUAGAGUCCAACGGAUAUCUGGAUCAGCCGUAUGGACUGGCCAUAUUUGAGAGUCGAGUGUACUGGAGUGACCAAUUGACCAACUCUAUUUGUAGUGCAGACAAGCACAAUGGAAACAUGCUCCAGGUUUCUCAGAGACUCGGUUCUGUUUCACCAGCUGGACUGGUGAUUCUUCACCCACUGUUACAGCCUGCAGACAAUGAUCUGUCGCAGAUGAAAACAAGAACGGCACUUCCUGAUUCACAAUUUACAUUGAUCCUCUCAUUGACUGUCAUCAUCAGUUUGCUGUUGGUGGGGGCAGUGCUAUGGUGGCAGAGGUCUGAAUUCUGUGCCUCUCGUUCUCUUUCUCCUCUUGGAGACGAGACGUUUAAAGAAUCCCAGGAUCCUCUUCUGUUAUCCAGGCUGCCUGUAGUACAUGAGCAUAAAGAUGGCGCACAGAAUAGUUCAACGCACUGACAUGGACAGAUUUCCUGUGAGGGGAACAAUACCUUUCCUGUGGUCAAUCACAACCUCCAUUUCCUGCCAUGUUUGGGCAGGAGAGAAAGUAAAGUGAGGCAGGCAGAUGGAUUCCACACAAAAACAUCCUGCUCAGUGACCCCAAAGAUGCUCUUAAAUUCUUGCCAAAUGUCUAUUAAUGAUUGAUUAUCAUAUAGAACUAAUCAAACAAAGCAUUCAAAUCAAACUAAGCAUUCAGUGGAACAUGUCUUAUAAAAAUGUGGUAUUGUCACUGUAUCAGACUUUUUACUCCUCUAACUUAAUUCUAUCUGUCUUCAUGAUAUCUUUCUAUCUCACCAUUUGCAUCUGUGGAUUAAAUUGGACACGGAGCAGCAAAAUAACACAAUGACUCUAGUUCAUCUAGUUCUCAUGUUCUAAGCUUCAGGUUCAUAAUUAUUUGACCAUGUUAUAUGGUCCAACAGAGCUGAGUCAUUACAUGACAUUUGAGUUUUGAGCUUGUUUUAAGAUGCAGUUCGGUUUAGUUCUCACUGCCGUAUUUUAUGAAGUGAUAAAUGUACUUCAUUGGAUUUAUAGGCGCACAAGUUGACCAAUCUCUGUCUUGUCUUUGUAAUGUGUCCAUCAGUUGGGCAAAUAUUUUAUUUUGAAAUUCACUGGUGCUGUCAAUGCUUUAGACUACAGAGAUAGUUGUAUUUAUGUGAGUAGAAAAAGAAAUGCUAUUUAUUUUUUGUGGUUCAAAUCACUUUUCUUGUGUUAGAGCUGUUAAUCAGCCGUAAAACAGAUUUUUGCUCUUUUGAUUAUAGUUUGGAAAAAAAAGGUGGUUUGAAUGCUUUUAAUGAUGCAUAACUUGGUAAAGUUAUAUGUUGGGCUUGGAGAAAUAAAAUUUAAGUUGGA